AUGACACCAAGACAACUUAAUAGUGUUGCUAUUAUCGGCAUCGGAAUACCCGGUGUCAAACAACCUAGUCCCAAAUUGGGCUGCCCUAAUAAUCCGUUCAUUAUCAUAUUGGGCAUGCCCAAACCUGCCAUUCCCAUGCCUAAACCGUUCAUUGGCAUAUUAGACAUUCCUAGCCCCCCCAUAUUUGAGCAACCACAACCUCCUGGGUACAUGGAUGGAAUAUUCGUCGAAGUUUCACAUACUGUAGUGGUGGGUGGGUUCAUUGGUAGCAUAUUAAAUGGCGCCUGCGAGCUUUCACAAACAGUGGUAGAGGGCAUAUUUGGUAGCGAAUACAUGGAAUUACUUUCGCAGACCGUCGUGGAUGGCGUCAGCAGUUGUGGAUUGGAAGUCUCGCAGACUGUUGUGCUGGGGCCAAAGAUGCCUCUUCCUGGGAAAUUGUAG